AAAACCACUACUAUAUUCAAUUUCACUCGCCCCCCAUCAGAUCAUAUCUCUUCGGGGUCAGGCAAAAGAUGGAAUUCGAGAAGAUCAAGGUGGCCAACCCCGUUGUUGAAAUGGAUGGAGACGAAAUGACUCGAGUUAUCUGGAAAUUCAUCAAAGACAAGCUUAUUUUCCCUUUCCUGGAGCUGGAUAUCAAAUACUUUGAUCUUGGACUGCCUACCCGCGAUUCCACUGAUGAUAAGGUUACUAUAGAGAGUGCUGAAGCUACUCUAAAGUAUAACGUGGCUAUUAAGUGUGCAACAAUUACUCCGGAUGAAGCUCGUGUUAGGGAGUUCGGAUUAAAGAAAAUGUGGAGGAGUCCUAACGGAACUAUAAGGAACAUUUUAAACGGUACUGUUUUCAGGGAACCUAUCAUUUGCAGAAACAUCCCUCGUAUUGUUUCAGGAUGGACGAAGCCAAUCUGUAUCGGAAGGCAUGCUUUUGGUGAUCAGUACAGAGCCACUGAUAUCAUUGUUAAUGAGCCAGGGAAACUGAAAAUGGUUUUUGAGCCAAGUGGAUCUUCUCAGAAAACAGAAUUCGAAGUCUUCAAUUUCACUGGUGGAGGUGUUGCUUUAGCCAUGUAUAACACUGAUGAGUCUAUUCGUGCAUUUGCCGAGUCCUCAAUGUACACAGCUUAUCAGAAAAAGUGGCCACUUUACCUCUCUACAAAAAACACCAUCCUCAAAACAUACGAUGGAAGAUUCAAGGAUAUAUUCCAAGAGGUUUAUGAAAUUAAUUGGAGAUCCAAGUAUGAAGCUGCAGGGAUAUGGUAUGAGCAUCGUUUGAUAGAUGAUAUGGUUGCGUAUGCCAUGAAGAGCGAGGGGGGUUACGUCUGGGCGUGCAAGAACUAUGAUGGAGAUGUACAGAGCGAUUUCUUAGCCCAAGGUUAUGGAUCUCUGGGGAUGAUGACAUCGGUGUUGGUUUGUCCAGAUGGAAAGACCAUUGAAGCAGAAGCAGCUCAUGGAACAGUUACCCGCCACUACAGAGUUCACCAAAAAGGCGGUGAAACAAGCACCAACAGCAUAGCCUCAAUAUUUGCUUGGUCCAGAGGCCUUGCCCACAGGGCAAAGCUGGACAGCAAUGCCGGACUGUUGAGCUUUACUGAGAAACUAGAAGCAGCUUGCAUGAGCACAGUGGAGUCUGGCAAAAUGACCAAGGAUCUAGCCCUUCUGAUCCACGGACCCAAGGUUAGGAGGGAUCAGUAUGUGAAUACAGAAGAGUUCAUUGAUGCGGUGGCAUGGGAGCUGAGAAGAAGACUGUUAGGCAACUCCAAACUGUGAGAAGAAGAAUGAAUGUAAAUCUGAAAAGCGUGAUGUUUGAUCUGAUGCCGUCUAGUAGCAUACAUUAUUAUUACGUGGAGAAGAACUCAACCUUGAAAAAGGGCAAAAUAAAGAGAGAAAGAAAAUAUUGUACAUGGGUAAAAUUUCCUAAGCCUAGAAUCGUAAUAAAAAUGCAUCUGUUUAGCUUUCUUUCUCUUGGGUUGAAUUCUGUAAAAUCAUAAAUGGCUUUGUAACUA